GAGGCGACGGCACGUUCUUGCGACAGAGAGCAUGGAGGUAGGGAGUCCGAAGCAAAACACCGAUCAAAGCGCGGAGGAUUCCGGCAGUGAUGGCGAACAACAGGUUAACGAGGGAGAAAACGAGGAGGCGGCGAAGAGCUUUAAGGACCUGGGAGUAACCGAGGUGCUGUGUGAGGCGUGCGAUCAGCUGGGAUGGAAGAGCCCGACCAAGAUCCAGGUGGAAGCCAUACCAGUCGCUCUACAAGGCAGGGACGUCAUCGGCCUGGCAGAGACGGGUUCUGGAAAGACCGGUGCUUUCGCUCUGCCUAUCCUCCAAUCACUGCUGGCUUCACCUCAGAGGCUCCACACACUCGUCCUCACGCCCACCAGAGAGCUGGCCUUCCAGAUCUCCGAGCAGUUCGAGGCUCUGGGCUCCAGCAUUGGGGUUAAAUGUGCUGUGAUUGUUGGUGGAAUCGACAUGAUGUCCCAGUCCUUGGUGUUGGCCAAAAAGCCACAUAUUGUUAUUGCCACUCCCGGCCGGUUGAUCGAUCACAUGGAGAACACAAAAGGCUUCUCCCUGCGAGCUCUGAAGUUCCUGGUCAUGGAUGAAGCUGACAGGAUCCUCAACAUGGACUUUGAGACAGAAGUGGACAAGAUCCUGAAAGUUAUUCCUAGAGACAGACGCACCUUCUUGUUCUCUGCCACCAUGACCAAAAAGGUCCAGAAGCUCCAAAGAGCAGCUCUGAAAGACCCUGUAAAGUGUGCCGUAUCCACAAAGUAUUCCACAGUAGACAAGCUGCAGCAGUACUACGUCUUUAUUCCAUCCAAGUACAAGGACUGCUACCUGGUGUCCAUCCUGAACGAGCUGGCCGGGAACUCCUUCAUCAUCUUUUGCAGCACGUGCAACAACGCCCAGCGGGUGGCGCUGAUGUUGAGGAACCUGGGCAUCACGGCCAUCCCUCUUCAUGGACAGCUGAGUCAGAACAAACGUCUGGGCGCUCUUAACAAGUUCAAGUCCAAGUCUCGCUCUGUGCUGCUGGCAACUGACGUGGCAUCCAGAGGUCUGGACAUCCCCCACGUCGACUGCGUCAUCAACUACGACAUCCCCACACAUUCAAAGGACUACAUCCAUAGAGUUGGGCGAACAGCCAGAGCAGGGCGCUCUGGAAAAUCCAUAACGUUUGUGACACAGUAUGAUGUGGAGCUGUUCCAGCGAAUCGAAACUUUAAUCGGGAAGAAACUGCCGGCGUUUCCCACCCAAGACGAGGAAGUGAUGAUGCUGGUGGAGCGGGUGAGCGAGGCGCAGAGAUUUGCCAAGCUGGAAAUGAAGGAACAUGGCGAGAAAAGGAAGAGGCCCAAAGGUGGAGACGGGGAUGAGGAUGACACGGAACAAGCGAGCGGAGUGAGGAAGAAAGUGAAAGGAGGCUCGGGAGGAGGGAAGAAGAGGGGUGGAGGAGCCUGGAGAGGAGGACGCUGAAGCAUAAAAGGCAUAAUAAAAUGUACAGAACCACAAUACAAGACGCCUCUCCUGUUUCUGAUGUACACUUUACUAUUAUGACGGCUUGUUUUCCAGCCUUCCCGUUGCAAGCCGACGACUAUUUAAUUACCCAAUAAGUGCUCUCUUUGUCCAUCUGACUUUUUUUUUUUUUUCCAUUUGUAAUAAAAGUUUCUUGUAAAACCUAAA